AUGCUCGAAAGCGACGACCCGUUCAACAUACGACGUUUUGCUGAUCAGCAAAGGAAGCACUACGCCACGGCAUUGCAGGAGGUGCGGGAUGGUCAGAAGAGAAGUCACUGGAUGUGGUAUGUCUUUCCAACGCCGCCGUACGUUCAGAACGGAGCCGAGUGUGGAAGCCCAACCAAUAAAUUCUACGCGAUCCGGUCAGACGAAGAGGCAUCCGCUUAUCUCAGCUUUGAAGAAGAUGGAAUUUGCCUGCGCAAGAAUUACAUGGAGAUGGUACAAGCUGUCCUGCAGCAACUCCGCCUGGGUACUUCAGUCUUGGAUCUCAUGGGCGAAGCCGAUGAGCCAAAAUUUCGGAAGUCCCUGCAGUUCUUUUCCCGAGUAGCGAAGCAGAGCAAAGAUCGAGAGCUGCAAGAGGUUUGUGACGAGGCAUUGUUGCUGAUGGGCAACAAGGGCUUCCUUUGUGGAUCUUGCUCAGUUUGUGUCGUGCAGUGA